GGAACCGGAACUGGUUGUAACGACGCAGUGCCAGAAGUUUUGUAAGGGUUUGAAGCAGGUUUUUGUUGACUUUUUUUGCGUAAAGAUGUACAUUUAGUUCCACUAUAUCCAUAUUGCUACAUUUAUUUUCUCUUAAAAUGACAAAAGAGAAACGGCACCGAAGAAGGGAGUCUCCGACGCGGGAGACCGAAGUAAAGAUAAAACAGGAGAAACUGAGCCCCAGCAGGCCACAGCGAUCACGCCGAUCCAGGUCCAGAUCUACCGGGACAUCGAGUCCACCGAGAAGAAGAGGGAGCAGAUCACCACCCAGGGCUAGGCAGCGCUCGCUGGACGGAAGGACAAACUCUCCUGUUGGAACAAGUAGAGGAUCUCCCAGAAACAGAAGAAGCCGCAGUCCUCAUCGUGGUGGUGAUGUCAAAAUUAAGCGGGAAAGGGACGAACAUAGGGCAGGUGGUGAUGGCCGAAGAAAGAGGAGUGACCAGUCGGAUGAUAGACGGAGCCGAUGGGAAACAGACAGGUCACGGGAAAGGGAGCACAACAGAGACAGGAACCGAGAACGAACUGCCCUGGCUUCUCAGCAAGACGAGCGUCGGCAACAUGAUGAGCGGCGCAGGGAAAAUCGUCAACGGCGUGAAGAAGAAGAAGAGGACCUUAACUUUGGAACAUCCGAAGGAGGGAGUGAUGACUCCAGGGCUCCUCCUGCUGAGAAAGAGAAGCCCAACUUUGAACUGUCAGGCGCGCUCACCGAAGACACCAACACAUUCCGGGGAGUGGUGAUCAAGUACAACGAGCCCCCUGAGGCUCGCAUUCCAAAGCGUAGGUGGAGAUUGUACCCCUUUAAGAAUGAUGAACCACUACCUGUGAUGUACAUCCACAGACAGAGUGCCUAUUUGUUGGGGCGACAGCGAAGAAUCGCUGAUAUCCCCAUUGACCAUCCCUCGUGCUCCAAGCAACAUGCAGUAUUCCAGUACAGGUUGGUGGAGUAUACUCGAGCAGAUGGCACCACUGGCCGCAGGGUAAGGCCUUACAUUAUUGACCUUGGUUCUGGAAAUGGCACCUACUUGAACAAUCAGCGGAUUGAACCCCAGCGCUACUAUGAGCUCAAAGAAAAAGAUGUUCUUAAGUUUGGCUUCAGCAGCCGCGAGUACGUCCUGCUGCAUGAGUUCUCCGAUACCAGCGAAGUGGAUGUAAAGCAGGAGGAAGAAGAUGACGAAGGGCUUGAUGAGUGAUAGCCCAUUAUACGAUAUUUGAAAUUGUUUUAAAAUAAAGCUGUGUGCUUAAAAAAUGACUUAUAAACUGGUAAAGGCAGGAAUUGUUUACUGAAAGCGAGUAGUGUUGUAAAUAUUCUGUAAGAAAUGAAGUCUUGCUUUAUCCUGCCACAGUCGUGUCAAAAUAGACCUCUUUUUCUCAGGUUUGUGGGAUGCAUGAUUGAUCUUCCUGAUCUCAUGUAAUGUGUCAGGGUACCAAACAUGACUGCAGUGUGCACCCUGGACUCUUAAAGCUUUCUUAUUAACAGAAUAAGUAUAGACCUACAGAUUGCAUUUAUUUUUCUUUUGACCUUUUUUUUUGUAGAACAAGCAGGAGAAAUAUUUGUCUCUGCAUCACUGCAAUGGGUAUUCAGAGACUGCCAUGUUUUUCAGUUCAUAUCAAUUUGUAGUAAGUGUUAUUUUUUGUACUGUAAAUAAAAAAAAGUGACCGGUU